AUGAAGGAAGAACUUUUGGUUCUUAAAGAUCUUGGUACUCUUCCAUAUUUCUUGGGUUUGGAAGUUCAUAAUAAUUAUUCAAGUAUGUUUCUAAACCAACACAAAUAUACUCAGGAUCUGAUUUCUCUAGCUGGUCUUCAAGAUUCCUCCUUUGUGGAUACUCUAUUGAAAUUGAAUGUGAAGUUUCAUCGUGAGGAAGUUCAACAAGCUAGUCAAUUUAUACAAACUCCACGUCAUUUCCAUUUGGUGGUUGUUCAUCGCAUCAUUCAAUAUCUUCUAGGAACAUCUACUCGUGGAUUAUUCUUUCCUAGUGGUUCUCUUAUACGUAUUAAUGCUUUUAGUGAUUCUUAUUGGGUGGGAUGUCCUAAUACUCAUCGUUCAGUCACUAGUCGAUGCAUGUUUCUUAGAGAAUCAUUGAUAUCUUGA